CGCGCAAAUGAGCUUCCACAAGGCCGGCGCGUAAUCAUGAUGUAAGCUCCGGUUGCCCUGCUGAGUCGGAAGUGGGAGCCCUUCGGCCACUGAGACUGUCGUGUGUCGUCGCUGCUGGCCCUUCAGGCUCUGCCCCUCCCCCCUAGGUCUGGAUGGAGGACACUUUGAAGUGAAAUGACAGACCAGGAGAAUAACAACAACAUCUCAAGUAACCCCUUUGCUGCUCUUUUUGGUUCCCUGGCUGACGCCAAGCAGUUUGCUGCAAUCCAAAAAGAGCAGCUGAAGCAGCAAUCUGAUGAACUCCCAGCUAGCCUGGAUGACUCAGAUAAUAGUGUGUCAGAGAGUCUGGAUGAAUUUGAUUACUCGGUGGCUGAGAUUAGCCGCUCAUUCCGUUCACAUUUAUUAUGUGAGCAACUCAACAUCAAUCACAUGAUCCAAAGGAUCUUCCUCAUUACUCUGGACAACAGUGACCCAAGCUUGAAAAGUGGGAAUGGCAUCCCCAGCCGCUGUGUGUAUUUAGAAGAAAUGGCUGUAGACCUAGAAGAUCAAGACUGGCUUGAUAUGAACAAUGUUGAGCAGGCCGUCUUCGCUCGCUUAUUACUUCAAGAUCCAGGCAACCACUUGAUUAACAUGACUUCUUCUACAACGUUGAAUCUCUCUGCUGAUCGAGAUGCGGGGGAGAGUCACAUUUUUUGUUACCUUUAUUCCUGCUUCCAAAGAGCCAAGGAAGAGAUUACCAAAGUUCCAGAGAACCUGCUACCUUUUGCAGUUCAGUGCAGGAAUCUCACGGUGUCCAAUACACGAACAGUUCUCCUCACUCCAGAAAUCUAUGUUGACCAAAACAUCUAUGAGCAACUGGUAGAUUUGAUGUUGGAAGCUAUCCAAGGAGCCCAUUUUGAAGAUGUUACUGAGUUUCUGGAAGAGGUCAUUGAAGCCUUGAUAUUGGACGAAGAAGUGCGAACAUUUCCAGAAGUCAUGAUUCCAGUGUUUGAUAUUUUAUUGGGCCGAAUAAAAGAUCUAGAACUCUGUCAGAUCCUGUUGUAUGUAUAUCUGGAUAUUCUUCUCUAUUUCACUAGGCAAAAGGAUAUGGCAAAGGUUUUUGUAGAAUACAUUCAGCCCAAAGACCCUAGCAAUGGGCAGAUGUACCAGAAGACCUUGCUGGGAAUAAUCCUGAAUAUCUCCUGCUUAUUAAAGACUCCGGGCAUAGUAGAAAAUCAUGGCUACUUCUUGAAUCCAUCUCGUUCCAGUCCCCAGGAGAUCAAAGUACAAGAGGCCAAUAUCCAUCAGUUCAUGGCUCAGUUCCAUGAAAAGAUCUACCAGAUGCUGAAGAACUUACUCCAGCUCUCUCCAGAAACCAAACACUGUAUCUUGUCCUGGCUUGGAAACUGUUUGCAUGCAAAUGCAGGCCGCACCAAGAUUUGGGCCAAUCAGAUGCCAGAAAUCUUCUUCCAAAUGUAUGCCUCGGAUGCCUUCUUUCUGAAUCUGGGUGCUGCUCUCCUGAAGCUAUGCCAGCCAUUUUGCAAACCCAGAUCCUCUCGGCUCCUCACCUUUAAUCCCACUUAUUGUGCUCUGAAGGAGUUGAAUGAUGAAGAACGAAAAAUAAAAAAUGUACACAUGAGAGGUUUGGACAAAGAAACCUGUUUGAUCCCAGCUGUGCAGGAACCAAAGUUUCCCCAGAACUACAACCUCGUAACAGAGAACCUUGUCCUGACAGAGUAUACCUUGUACUUGGGAUUUCACAGGUUGCAUGAUCAGAUGGUAAAAAUCAACCAAAAUCUGCAUCGGCUGCAGGUUGCUUGGCGGGAUGCUCAGCAGAGUUCUAGUCCUGCUGCUGACAACCUCCGUGAACAGUUUGAACGACUGAUGACCAUCUAUCUUUCUACCAAGACUGCUAUGACUGAGCCACAGAUGCUACAAAACUGCCUAAAUUUGCAGGUGUCCAUGGCCGUUCUACUAGUUCAACUGGCCAUAGGCAAUGAGGGCUCACAGCCGAUAGAGCUAACUUUCCCUCUGCCAGAUGGCUACAGUUCUUUGGCUUAUGUACCAGAAUUUUUUGCAGAUAACCUAGGCGAUUUCCUCAUCUUUCUCCGCCGCUUUGCCGAUGACAUCUUGGAGACAUCAGCAGAUUCCCUGGAAAAUGUUCUUUACUUUAUCACCAUUUUCACUGGAAGCAUAGAAAGGAUGAAGAAUCCCCACCUCAGAGCCAAACUGGCUGAGGUGUUGGAAGCAGUGAUGCCCCACCUGGAUCAGACCCCAAAUCCCUUGGUAUCCAGUGUGUUCCAUCGGAAGCGUGUGUUCUGCAACUUUCCCUAUGCACCCCACCUUGCAGAAGCACUAAUCAAGGUCUUCGUGGACAUUGAAUUUACAGGAGACCCCCAUCAAUUUGAACAGAAGUUUAAUUAUCGCCGUCCCAUGUAUCCCAUCCUAAGGUAUAUGUGGGGAACAGAUACCUAUCGAGAAAGCAUUAAGGAUUUGGCUGACUAUGCCUCUAAGAAUUUGGAAGCCAUGAAUCCCCCACUUUUUCUCCGCUUUCUUAACCUGCUAAUGAAUGAUGCCAUCUUCCUUUUGGAUGAAGCCAUACAGUAUUUGAGCAAGAUAAAGAUUCAACAGAUUGAGAAGGACCGAGGUGAAUGGGAUAGUCUGACUCCAGAAGCCCGCCGAGAGAAGGAAGCGGGCCUACAGAUGUUUGGACAGCUAGCACGUUUCCAUAACAUCAUGUCCAAUGAAACAAUUGGUACCCUUGCCUUUCUGACAUCAGAGAUUAAAUCACUCUUCGUGCAUCCUUUUCUGGCUGAGCGCAUCAUUUCAAUGCUGAACUACUUCCUGCAGCACCUGGUUGGCCCCAAAAUGGGGGCCUUAAAAGUCAAGGACUUCAGUGAAUUUGACUUCAAACCCCAACAGCUCGUAUCAGAUAUAUGCACUAUCUACUUAAAUCUUGGGGAUGAGGAAAAUUUCUGUGCCACGGUGCCCAAGGAUGGGCGUUCCUAUUCCCCAACUCUCUUUGCACAGACAGUCAGAGUCCUAAAGAAAAUAAAUAAGCCUGGAAAUAUGAUUGUGGCUUUCAGCAACUUAGCAGAGAGAAUCAAGUCUCUAGCAGACCUCCAACAACAGGAAGAGGAGACCUAUGCAGAUGCCUGUGAUGAGUUUCUGGAUCCCAUCAUGAGCACACUGAUGUCUGAUCCUGUGGUGCUGCCAUCUUCCAGAGUCACUGUGGAUAGAUCCACCAUUGCCAGACAUUUGCUCAGUGACCAAACAGAUCCCUUUAACCGUAGUCCCCUCACCAUGGACCAGAUCCGGCCAAACACAGAACUAAAAGAAAAAAUCCAACGGUGGCUCGCAGAGAGGAAACAACAAAAGGAGCAACUUGAAUAAAUACUGUGACCUAAGCAAACCAAAAACUAACCCCAGAGUGUAGAUAAACAGUUGUUUGUGAUUUCUCUCUGGUUCUGUUCCUUUUUGUCUUUCUUUACUAAAUUAGAAAACUGCUCUUGCUCAAAUUAUGAUAAUUAAGUUUCCUAAGAACUUUACAAUUAUAGUUAUAGCAUCACCAAGUUUAGAAAUCACUAAUUUUUAUCCUUUGUUUGCUCUUUUCCUAUUCUUCUUCCUUUUCCUACCUUACAUUAUAUUAACUUCAAAUACUAAAACUUCCUGCCACCUUACUAUUUCUCUUCAGUAACUACUCAAACAUCUUUGGUGAGCACUGCUUGUAAGUCUGUGAUGUCACCUAUUUCAGUGACAGCUGAUAUCAUAAAGUCCUGUGUUAUCAAGGUAUUUAUCAGUCUGCAUGACCUGGACUUCAGCUCUUUUCCUUGUUACAGUUCUGCAGUGUUACAGAACAACCUUUUACAUAAAAGCAGAUACCUUGAUGUUUGAGUAGACUUUGAAUAUGAUGAUAGUUGAAAUGAAAAAAAGGAAUCUUACACAAUUGUGUUGAUAGUUCUUAAUUUUAAUUAUCUCAUAACUCAAAAGAUACCUUGGAGGACACUCCCAUGGGGUUGUCAUUACUGCAGAAAACUUAGUUCUGCAAUAUUUUUAGGGGGAUUAACAAGACAAACUUGCAGUUUUGACACUUUAUUCAAAAAAUUCUGAGGUGAAAGAAUAAAGGAGGUUGUUGGACCCUUUUUAGCUUAUGGAAAUCUGUUGCUUGAGUUGAAAAAUUGGGCAACAAAUAUUGUGAGCAGGAAAAAAAUGCUAUUUUAAAACAUUACUAUCAACAGUAUAUAUGUGUGUCUGUAUACGUAUACACACACACACCAUGUGCUUUUUUCAUAUCGGUCUAGUGUAAACUGCCACUUUAUCUCUUUCAUGGUAAGAUGUAUACAGUGUGUGACCACUAACACACUUAUUCUAGACAAAAUUCUGAGACUAUAAAAUAUAUAUAGUUAAUGUUUGGGCUUUUAACCUUAAUUCUAAGAGCUGCUUCUAACUCACUCUUACGUCAUCAAUUAACAAAGUAGGAAUUUGAGCACAACCUUGUCCACAAACCAUUUUAAAUACCCACUUAGUAGUUAGUAGGUGGCUAGACCCCACUUUUACAAGUUGAGCUUGGGUUCCCUACUCAUUUGUUCAGCUUAACAUGCUGUUCCACUAAGCCCAAAGAUAUAAGUGACAAGAAAAGUGGUAUGAUCUAGAAACAGGGGUCAUCGCUUCAUUAAGAGGACAUUAUCAUUAACCAUGACAUCUUUUAAAUAAGAUGGCAGUUUUGUGAUACUCCAAGGUUCUGUAAACAUUCCUUGAUGUGUUUUUGAUGGUAUCAUCUGGAAAGUCACAAAUUAGAGGGCAUCCCACACUAGAUAUAAAGAUGUUGCCUAUUGCUGUGCAUGUAAAUGAAAAAAGAAGUCUGUGAAUCUUACAGAUGCCAGAGAAUAAGAUAUUAAUUCAGUGUGCUCCCUGAGCCUUUAAGGCAUAGGUUGGGAGAAUUUUUUUGUUUUCUUAAAAUGAGCUUCAUGACAUAUUUUUUAUUCUCCUUUACUUCUCUGAGGAUGAACUGUUUAUAAACUAAGCUUCUACCUUUUUGGAUUUAUCUUCCAAACCCAAUCUAAUAGGAUGUUUUCAUUUUUAAAAGAAGUGAGGAAAAGACCAGAGUUUUAUAGGAGAAAAUUAGAGGAGAAAUGGCCACGAAACCUCAGAAGGCAAGCUGUUCCCAGCAGCUUUCUAGUUAAUAACCUCUAUGCUGCCUCUUGUAUCUGUGUCUGUAUUCUACUUCUGUAUUUAGUCUUCAGAUUGUAAGCCUUUUCUGGUAAGCUUUUUUUCUUUUAAACCCUUUUCCUGGAACUUUUUAUGAAUGGCUAUGGCACCAUUAUUGCUGCUGAAUAUAUCUUUAAACUCAUCACGAAGGCAAGUGUGUGGCUUAAGGCCACUAUUGGUAAGAAACCAAGUGUCCUCUGUGCCUUUUUUCUUUGUUUGAAGUAAUUUAAAAACAUCCCAAAAAUGAGACUAAAAAUUUAUCAUCUUCAUAAAACACAAUGUGUAUAUGCACUUAGAAGCUUAUAAAGAGGUAUUUUGUUAUCUUGAACUCAGAAGCAGCCCUAAAGCUAUUAGGGCAGACUUCCUGACAUUUAGUUUUAUGUGUUGGCUUUGCUGGAAUAUGAUAGGAAAAUGAAGACUCUAAUCAGCUCUAAUAUUGCUAAGAGGGUAAUACUAAACUUGGAAAAUUAGGUUUUAUCAAGCAAUCUGGGUUUGUUUUUUUAAUAUGGUUUUUUAAUGGAUAUUCAGUAAAAACUGAAAGAAAUUUUAAAGGUUUUUUAAUAGUGCAAGUGCAAGUGCCAGUUGCUGUUUGGUAUCACACUCUACAAAAGCUUCAUUACUUUAUGUGAUACUGGUUGCUAAGCAGCCAUUGCACAGAGCAGAAGUCUACUGGGUACCUUUACCAACUAGAGGCUGAUGCUGCCCUGUUGAUGGAAAUAAUGCACAUGCUCUAACUGCUAAACAGGAAAACACCCUAGAAACAAAGAAAAUGAAGAACAACAAAAAGUUUGAAUGAAAUAAAACUUGAUCAACAUAGCUGUAUUUUGAAACAUUCCAGGAAAGUAAUUUCUUGUCAAACUCGCCUGGGGGUAUUUGGUAAAAGCCUGUAUUUAAUAAAUGAACACCUGACUUA